AUGUAUACUUUUCAUUCUCACCCUGUAGGCAUCAUCGCUCUCAUUGCCCAUUGCGUUCAAUGCGCCAGCGCCCUUAUUGUCCUAGGGAUCACAGCCUGGGCAGUUCGCGGAACUAAGAAUCUAACUGUCAUUUUCACACUCGUCAUUUCUGUCUUGACACCGGUCUUUUUCGCUCUGUCAACCGGUGUCAGCUGCCUCGGAAGACGGCGAACACGGCCUCUUCCUCUAUUUUUGACGGAUCUCGUUCUUUCCUACCUAUGGCUCACGGCAUUCAUCUUCCUCGCGCAGAACUUCAACCAGGAGAGUUGCAAAGUGUCACGAUGGAACCGAGAAGUCGUUUGCAGUCGGCAAUAUGCGGCUGAAGCGUUUAGCUUCAUCGCCUUUUUUGUGUCAUUCUUGUGCCUCCUGCUAGAGUUCCUUUACGCCCAGUAUUACAACCCCGAAGAUUACAAUCCACCUACUUCCAUGGAGCAAACUCGGGCCAGGAACAACCUGCAGGGCAAUCUGGAAACCGCCGGUGUCAUAUAG